ACACUGGGCUGUGCGACAUCCGCCGCGACGAGGUUACGGAGAGGUACGACUACUACGGUGGCGCGGUGAACAUGGCGGCACGCACGGAGAGCGUGGGGAACGGCGGGCAGGUGCUGCUGACGCGUGCAGCGUACAUGGCGCUGAGCACGGCAGAGCGGGAGGAGGUGGAGGCGACGGCGCUGGGGGCGGUUGCAUGGGGGGCGGAGUUUCGGUUCUGUUUUUUUGACGGUUGCUGCGUUGGUGGCAGUCACUGGGUGCCAAUCCAUUGCGUCCUUUACGGGUUGUGCGCCUUGGGCCCCGCCGGUAUGUUUCCGGCUGUGGUGCGUAUCUCUUCAGAGUUGCUGGAGGGGGACUUUGUGUGCCCACAUCCACCGCACGUGUGA